AUGCUCCUCUCACAGCCGACGAUUUCGGCGAAGGAGUGCAAGAAGAGAGCAGACAGAGACCUGAAGAAGCUCUUGAAGGCGGCGUCCGGAGCUCCCAUCCCCAUCGAAUGUGAGGAACAUCUGAAAGACUACUACUGCCAGCUGAUUUUGGAAUCACAAUCCUUCAACACGUGUGCGAACCUCUCGGACGAGCAAGGCUUGCAGUACUUUGAGUGCAUUGCGCGACCCAUUCAAGGACAAAAGCCUGCACGAACAGCCUUUGCUUCUGAUUGCCGUGUGGACAGCAUGGCCGCUUCCGGCAAAGGUACGAAGGCUUCAAAGAAGAUUUCCUGGAGGUUAGAAGUGCCUGGCAAGCUGCGAAUCGCCUUUCUCAUCGUCGCCCACCGGGCCGUGAACAAUGUGCAGGGCUUGUUGCAACGCAUUUAUGACUCGAGCCAUGUCUACCUGGUCCACAUAGAUCUCAAAACUCCGGGCAUCAAGACCCAACUGGACCGCUUCCUGGCAGGCUCUCAACUCGCAGGAAGCGUGCAUACCUUUUCAGAAAUUGACGUGACAAAGGGCAGCAGCGAUCUGCUACGGAUCAGCAUUCUGGGCCUAAGGCGGCUCCUAAAGCUGCGACCCGCCAAAGGUGAAGAGUUGCCUUGGGAUUACUUCGUAAAACUAAGUGAGUUUGAUUAUCCUGUGGCCCCACGCCAUUCCUUGCAGCAAUACCUAUGGUUGCACAAGGGCCUGAACUUUGUGGGCUUGGAUGCUUGCUCCGCAUCCACCUGUGCGCGGCAUUUAGGCACUGCAUGCGCCGGAGCUACAUACAGUUUCGUCUCGACACUCAGGAUGCACAAGCCCCUUUCCUUUGGUAUGCAUUUUGCUCGCGGGAGCGAGUGGGUGGCUCUGACCUUCGACUUUGCCAAGUAUUUGGUUCUCGAAAUAGACACGCCCUCUGCCAUGCAGGAGAUUUGGAAGGAUUGCCUUCUCUUGUACCAGCCGGACGAGGCUUUUUUCCAGACGGCUAUUCUCAACUCUCGGUUCUGCCGGCGUCACGUGAGCAUGACACUACACCAUAUCCCAGUGCUGCUAGAACGGAGAACUCAUGGCACGCACGAUGAAAUAGGCACUCGCAGUCCCAAAGUGUUUUCCCACGAAGACUUGGCUGUUCUCCAGGAUGCUCGGCAGCCUCGGUUUUUUGCACGGAAAUUUCUCAACGUAACAGGCGAGCCCACAUCUGAGCUCUGCCGGCGACUGGACGACUUGAAUCAAGAGCGGCAGUUAGACACGGCGAAGCUGUCAUGGAAAGGCUUUCUGCCGUGGUUAGAGGAUAACUUCACGACAUGGGCUCAGCUAGCAGGGCUUGCACCUUGGGGGAACUUCACCUGUCCGGCUCGUGGGAUGGGUGAGUCAUGCGAGGAAGCGAGCAUCCGAUUGCUGGGUCGGCUGGGAUCUGGCAAGUCAGCUACAGCACCCGCUCGGGCCGGCAGGUGGUCACCAGAGACCUGGCUGCUGCAAAUUCGCGGAUCGGACUUGACAGUUCUGCUUUCAGAGAGGUUUGCAGUGCCGACGCUGGCACCUGAUGGCUUCGUCGGCACGGGCAUUGGGGUGGCUCUUUUGGCCACCAGGAUCGGCACAGGUUGGAGAAGGGAACAAGGCGAGUUUGAGGGUCACGUCGGCAUAAUUCCGGUCACCAGCCUUUCUGCACGAGACGUCCAUCUUGCCAUUUACUGGGGUCCCAUCGUGCCGGACCCAGACACAGAUAGUCAGGCAGUGGUGGACUGGAUGACCCCUAAUAGCACGAAGUGUGGUCAGACGAAGGUGCAGCUGUCGAAGGAGUCUCACCUGUCCGGGUGCCCCGUUGGUGUGGCCAUUCCGCAUGACUGCGCCCGCAUGGCGAGACCUGGGACAUGGGCAACCAGAAUACGAUUGCGGGGUGCGACCAGCAAGACAUCGAGCGCAGUGUUCGCAUUGCGUGAGUUUGCUGUGUACGCCAGCUUUGAGGACCUGUCUGUUGUGCAGAUGCAACGCUUUUUCGGGCUAGAGCUCCUGCACAAGCCAGAGGAUUCCAAGGAUCUGCAAAAUGAGUUCACGGGUCUCAGACCACAGCUCAGGGCCGGUCCACAUCACGGACGGUCUGUGAGGUGGUGCCUGAGAGAGCAGUUCAGGAGGUGCUAA